AUGAUUAAAGCAAGAGACAUAAUUUACCCGUUGAUCAAGAGAAGAGUGGGUAAUGGUGAAUCAACACGGUUCUGGUAUGACAACUGGUCUCAUCUGGGGAAGCUCUAUACACUCCUCAACGCUGAAUCUUCGAGACUCGGAAUCCCCCUUUCUGCGACUGUAGCAUCUAGAUAUAGAGAUGGGAGAUGGGCUCUGCCGCCAGCAAGAACAGAGAAUCAGUUAGCUUUACAGGUGCACUUGACAACGGUUGUAUUGACAAAUGAAGAAGAUAGCAAUGAGUGGGUGAUAGAUGGCAAACAGAGACAGAAGUACAAAUGUGGUGAAGUCUACACUUAUCUGAAAGGACCUUGGCCUCUGGUUCCUUGGGCGAAACUGGUUUGGUUCUCUUAUGGAAUUCCUCGCCAUAGCUUCUUAACUUGGCUUGUCUUACUUGAUAGGUGUCCAACUAGAGACAGGUUAAUCAACUGGGGAUUAAAUGUUGUCCCACACUGCUUGCUUUGUAACACAGGCCAAGAGAGUAGAAAUCACCUCUUCUUCGAGUGUCCCUACAGCAACACCAUCUAG